AUGUCUACCACAUCAAACUCGACUGAUAUACAAACCGUCUCAGGUACUGGCCCUGAACGUCCUGAACGAUCUAACAGAGAACAGCGCCACUAUAAUGAUCAUAGACCACGAGGAGGACGAGGACGAGGACGAGGUCGAGGACGAGGUCGAGGUCGUCCUUAUCAUCAUUUUGUAAGACAUUCGUCGAACCAUCGAGAAUAUAAUUCAAGCUCUAGUCAAAAUUCAAGAAGCUCUGCAGCUACUAGACGUACUUUCUCUAAUUCGAACGAAAAUUCCAAUUUAAAUGAAAAUUCUCAUUCGGACGAGGAUUCUAAUUUGAACGGAAAUAUUAAUUUGAACGAAAAUGAUUCUCUUUCUCCAGUUCCCUCAAAUGAAUCCGUUUGUUUUAUCUGCGCAAACCCCGUUAUAUACUAUGCUGUUUCGGAAUGUAACCAUAAAUUUUGUCACUUGUGUUCAUUGAGGAUAAGAGCAUUAUAUGAAAAUAAGAAUUGCGCUUAUUGUAAGACUGAACAAGAUAAAGUUAUCUUUACUCGUAAACAUGAUAAAGAAUUCCAAGAUUUUAAGGAAUCUGAUAUUCCAUACUUUGACGAGGAUUUGAAUGCUUAUUGUGAGGAUCAAGAAAUGCUUGAUGAUAUAAAGUUACUAUUGAAAUAUAAUUGUCCAUAUUCGAACUGUGACGUGUCUUGUGAGGGAUGGCCGGAAUUAAAGCGACAUAUUAAAGAUUAUCAUCAUUUAAUGUUAUGUGAUAUCUGCAUUCGACAUAAAAAGAUCUUUUCACAUGAACAUUCUCUUUUCAAUAAUAAAGAUCUUGAUAAACACUUUCGUGAAGGUGACGAUGAUUCGGGGUUCAGAGGGCAUCCUGAAUGUGAAUUUUGUAAAAGACGCUUUUAUGGAGAUGAUGAACUCUAUGAACAUUGCCGUGAUAAGCAUGAAGAAUGCUUUAUUUGCAUGAGAGCUGGUAUAAGACAUGGUUAUUAUCGCGACUAUAAUUCAUUAGAAGGUCAUUUCAAUUCGGAACACUAUCUUUGUCAAGAUAAAGAGUGUUUAGAGAAAAAAUUUAUUGUAUUUGAAACAGAAAUUGAUUUAAAGGCUCAUGAAGUAAGUUUUUUUUUUUUUUUUUAA